AUGUUGUUAAUACUGUAUCAGAAAGCGCUUAGAAAUUAUUUGAUCUUUUUUCACCAAGUCCGAACAUUUAAUCACGUUGGUCCAGUUCUCGUACGCAAUCUGAAACUUGAAAUAAAUCUUUGUACAUGUUUACUAACAAAUUGUUGUGCGUGUUUUUUGCUUUUGCACAUUCAUAUAAAAUACAGUUUCGUCAAGACUUUGACUGGUAAGACCAUCACUUUGGAAGUUGAAUCUUCUGACACUAUUGACAAUGUCAAGUCCAAGAUUCAAGAUAAGGAAGGUAUUCCACCUGACCAACAAAGAUUAAUCUUUGCUGGUAAGCAAUUAGAAGAUGGUAGAACCUUAUCCGACUACAACAUUCAAAAGGAAUCAACUUUACAUUUGGUCUUAAGAUUGAGAGGUGGUAUCAUUGAACCAUCUUUGAAGGUUUUAGCUUCUAAGUACAACUGUGACAAAUCCGUUUGUCGUAAGUGUUACGCUAGAUUGCCACCAAGAGCUACCAACUGUAGAAAGAGAAAGUGUGGUCACACUAACCAAUUGCGUCCAAAGAAGAAGUUAAAAUAG